AUCACUUCCGUGAGGCUGAUGGCUCGAAAACCAAGGCGCCCAUGGACUCCUUUUACCCAAAAGGUUUUCAAAUGUCACAAAAACCAAGUGUCCCAUCACCCCAGAAGAAGGAAAAGAGGCAGACCCUGGAUUUGUUCAGAAGCAGUGAGCGGAACACGGUGCCCAAGCUGUACGAGCGACAGUGGCUGUUUGAGGUGGUGUCCAAAGGCGAUGCGUCCGAGUUAGAUGGAUUCCUGCAGCACCUGAUCCGGAGCAACAAACGUCUCACUGACUGGGAAUUCAGAGAGCCAGAGACGGGGAAAACUGCAUUACUGAAGGCUCUGCUGAAUCUGAGUAGCCACCGGAACGACACCAUCCCAGUGCUGCUGGAAAUCGCGGAGAAAACGGACAACUUGGAGCAACUCAUCAAUGCAGCCUACGUGGACAGUUACUAUAAGGGUCAGACCGCACUGCACAUCGCCAUCGAGCGCCGCUGCCUGCACUUCGUGGCACUCCUGAUCUGUAACGGUGCAGACGUCCACGCCAAGGCCAACGGCUUGUUCUUCAAGCCCAAGGGGGGUCAGACCGGAUUCUACUUCGGGGAGCUGCCUCUCUCGCUGGCUGCCUGCACCAACCAGCUGGAGGUGGUGAAUCACCUGCUGGAAAACCCUUACCGCCAGGCUGACAUCGACGCCGCGGACUCCAGGGGUAACAAUGUGCUGCACGCACUGGUGGCCAUCUCCGACAACAGCCGGGAGAACACCAGGUUCGUCACUGAGAUGUACGACCACCUCCUCAGGAUGGGCGUGAAGCUCAAACCUCAGCUCAACCUGGAAAGUGUGACGAAUAAGAAGGGGCUCACACCCCUCAAACUGGCUGCCAAGACUGGAAAGAUCGAGAUCCUCAAGUAUAUCAUCGGGAGAGAGAUACGGGAGGAGCAAUGCAGACACCUGUCCAGGAAGUUCCGGGAGUGGGCAUACGGGCCGGUGCACUCCUCUCUGUACGACCUCUCCGCCCUCGACACACACGAGAAAAACUCGGUGCUGGAGAUCAUCGUGUAUGGCAGCGAGACACCGAACCGCCACGAGAUGCUAAAGCUGGAGCCUCUGAACCACCUGCUUCAGGAGAAGUGGAACAGCUUUGCCAGGUUCAUCUUUUACAUCAAGUUCAUCCUGUAUAUGUCCUACAUGAUCAUCUUCACCGUGACAGCCUACAACAGGAUUGAGGGCAGGAAGCCUCCCUUCGAGCUGGAGCACUCGGUCAGAGGGUAUCUGCGUCUGAGUGGACAGAGUGUCAUGGUCGUUGGAGCUCUCUACCUCUUCCUGCAGGGGGUUGAAGAGGUGUUCCUCCGGAGGCGAAGGACUCCCAAGUCGAUCUCCAUCGAUGGUUACUGUGACAUUCUCUUCUUCGUCCAGGCUGUGCUGCUCCUGGCUGCGUCUGUGCUGUACACAGUCGGACGGGAGGAAUAUGUGGGCUUCAUGGUGAUUUCUCUGGCGAUCGGCUGGAUCAAUACGUUGUACUACACACGGGGCUUCCAGCAGAUGGGGAUCUACAGUGUGAUGAUGCAGAAAAUCUUCCUGACGGAUCUGAUGAGCUUCCUUACCGUCUAUGUCGUCUUCCUCUUUGGAUUUGGAGCUGCUUUGGUGGUGCUGAUUGAGGACGGUGUCUACAACAACACUAAACCUGGUUGCCAUAAGGACACCACCUAUAAGAAUUUUGGGACGACUUCCCUGGAGCUGUUCCGAUUCACCAUCGGGAUGGGAGACCUGGAGUUCACGGAGAACUACAGAUUCAAGAAGGUUUUCAUCUUCCUGCUGAUAUCGUACGUCAUCCUGACCUACAUCCUCCUGCUCAAUAUGUUGAUCGCCCGGAUGAGCAAAACCGUGGAAACAAUUUCCAAGGACAGUAAAAGUAUCUGGAAACUUCAGAGGGCCAUCACAAUCCUGGAUUUGGAGAAGAGUCUGCCGCGAUGCCUGAGAGCAAAGUUCCGAUCGGGGGAGCCUGUGAUUGUCGGGGUUACCCUGGACGGACAGGAGGACCAGAGGUGGUGUUUCAGGGUGGACGAGGUGAACUGGAGCCGCUGGAACACGGACCUUGGGCUCAUCAAUGAGGAGCCGGGAAACUCGGAGUUGCCGAGGAGGAGCUCGACCUUUAGAGGGAUGAUAUCUCGUAGAGCAGGGCGGAGCUGGCGGACGAUGCUGCCCCUGUUGAAGGAAAUUAAACCCGGGAAGCAGGAAGAGGAGGUCACCCUGCGCGAGAUGAACAGCAAGCCAGCAAGACAGCCCCACAGACGGCCGUAUCCCACCACUGCCAAGGUGGUCUGAUGUCAGGAUCCCGCGGGUCAGUAGGUGGGGCGGAGGGAGUGGGGGGUGGUUCGCUGGGGACACUCAGACCCAUAACAACCUCCAUCACUGGCCUCCCCGACAUUCCUGAGGUAUCCUGGUCCUUGCUAACGGAAAACCAGUCUCCGAAUCACUACAGAGCCCAGGAGAAGUGACAUCGGAACUGGGAGAUGUCUCCGUCUGUGACAAGGUGUUAGUUCAUGAUUUGUAAAU